AAAAAUGCUCCGAGUUCUCUCAGAAAAGUACAAUUUUUCAUAAGUUUAAAUAGUUUUGUUCUGACUCUUGAGAGAAUUAGACCUUUAAAAAAAUGUUUGCAGUCACAAUUGUAAUACUCUCGUUGUGUUCCGUUGUUUUCAGUGAUAAAUGUGAAAAUGUAAAGUGUCCUGUUGUGCCUAAACAUUAUGAAGAGCUUGGAUGUAAGCCAAUCUAUCAACAGGGCUACUGCUGCCCACUAAGCUUUGAUUGUACGUCAUUUACUGGACGCGAUAUUAGUAAAUGUUAUCACAAAGGAAGAGUUUAUGAGCCAAAAGAGGAAGUUGAAGAUUCUGAGUUGGAAUCAUCAUGUACGGUUGCAUGCCGUUGCACUAGAUAUUAUCCAGACGAGCCAGCUAAGAUAACCUGCGCCCACAUUGACUGCCCAGAGUUCUUCGGAUCAUAUGAGCCUAGAGGAAGAACUUGUAUUUCACAAUAUGAAGAAAAUAAGUGCUGUAAAGCAAGGGAUGUUUGUGAUGAUGAGCUUAAAAACCUCACUACAUGCAAUUUCCACGGUCAACAAUACUAUGAAGGUGAACGAAUGGAGCCUGAACAAGCUUGCUAUUCAUGCUCAUGUGGACGAGAUUUUGAAGAUAAACCAGCACAUGAAAAUAGACAUUGCAAGAGAAUUAAUUGUAAUAUUGACUUGCAUUAUAGUGAUAGGAUUCAUGAAGGAUGUGUUCCAAUUUACUACAAAACUGAGGAUUGCUGUCCAAUAGGAACUCGAUGCCCAGAUGAUGAUACAACAGUCAUUAAGACCAAAAACUCAAAUCCAGCACCAAAUUUACCUCAAUGUAUUUUUGGUGACUUGAAGCUGUCAAUAGGAGACAAUUUAUCACCUGAACACGGAAAUCAAUGCAAAGUUUGCACAUGCAAAACUCCACCUUUUGUUACAUGCGUUCAAACUUGCUAGAUGUAAAUUAUCUGAAUUUAUGUGGAUUUAUUUACUUAUUUAGAUUUUAAGUUUCUUUAAUUUUUAAGGAUAACAAGAUGUUUAACUUUAAAUGAACUGUCAAAUAAAUGAUGUACUUAGAAAUAAAAAAAAAUAUUUUAUGCGAUACAAUAA